GUCAAGUUGCGGCAUCCUUGCUUUCUAUUUCCAUAGCUCCAGAAGCCAUGGCUAAGCGAAGGGAAGAUGGCUUGCUGGUGGUGACUGCGUGCUCAGCCUCGUGCGUGCCGGGCAUGGGCAUGGGAAGGCCAAACCCAUUGGCAGUUCCAGUGGCAAAACGGAUGUCUUCGCAUGAGGCUCGCCCGCGCGCCAUCCCUACCCCGGCCAGAUCCAUGGCUGGCGUGGCCCGGGAGGCGAUGCGGGGCCCAGCUCCGGUCCCUUGCCCACCCCCCUGCCAUUCGCCGUCGGCGUCACCUCGGUGCGGGACCCCUCGCUCGGACUUCCGCGUGCAGACGCCCCGCAGCCCCGGCCGCAGCGCCGGCGGGUUUCCCACCCCUGGGGCACAACAUCGGGCGCCUGCGGUCUUCGCAACCCCAGCGCCGCCGGGCCAGCAUCCGAGGGCGCAAGUGGUGCAGGGGUUGCAAGAAGGGAGGUUUCAGCCUGUGCGUGACGUGAGCCAGGGCUACCAACGGCCAGAACAGGCGUCACGAUCCUGGAUGCCACCAGCUACCCCCAGAUCUGGACCCGGAGCAGCUCGUUCAAACAAGUCUUGGAUCCCACCUCCAGUUGCAGGCGCCGGUUUCAACCAGAUGGCCAGCAGCCAGAUGGCCAGCAGCCAGAUGGCCAGCAGCCAGAUGGCCAGCAGCCAGAUGGCCAGCAGCCAGAUGGCCAGCAGCCAGAUGGUCAAUAGCCAGAUGGCCAGCAGCCAGAUGGUCAAUAGCCAGAUGGUCAACAGCCAGAUGGUCAACAGCCAGAUGGUCAAUAGCCAGAUGUCCAAACAUAUGACCAACCAGAUGAACAGCCAGAACCAGAGCCAGCGAAUGGCAAGUGCCCACUACGAUGCACGAGCCAUGGCCAUGAACCGUAGUGCCUCCAGGGAUGCGGGAUUUCGCGUCGACCGCUCUGAGCAGCGAGUGGGUCGCAUGGCAACCAACCCCUGGUCUGUCAGGCCAUUGCCACCGGUUCCAUCGCCGCCGGAGCCCGACGCAAGCUUGGGGUUCCUGACAAACCCCAUGCCCAAUUGCACUUCCAUGGUCAUUGAUGCAAGGCCCCCGGAGCUGAGCAUGCUCCAGGGCUGCCAGACAAUGAUUGCAACUGCAAGCCAGCAGGAGAUGCUCGCGGUUCAGCAAUUGGCUCCGCGAUUUCCGCACUGUGCUUCCCUGGUUGCGUACCCCGCGCUCUACAAAGCAGCACGGAAGAGUCAGGUUGAGGUGUUGCAGAUGUCGUCAGCCUAUGCAUCCCGGCAGCACCCAGCAAAGAUCAACACCGGCAUUCCGAACGCUGAUGCUGUCUUGGAGGGGCUGGAUUACUUGGGGAUUGCAGAUGGGGUGUCCGGUGUGUAUCACCUCGGGCUUUCCCCGGAUGCCUUGCCCUGGGAGCUGCUCCGCUCCUGCGGCAAGGGCCUCUUUGCAGCCGCGGCCAAAGGGGAGCCCCGCACCGGCAGGUCAUUGGGCAACUGGCUGGUGAACUUGAUCGAAGAGUCCUACGAUGCCACAGAGGAGCAGGGGGCCACAACAUUGCUGCUGGCGGCCAUCAAGGGCACUGACCUGGUCACGGCUUGUUUGGGCGACAGCGCCAUUUUGGUGCUCCGCCCCGUGAGCUUCGUACCACUGCGCCUGAAGACCAUCUUCAAGACGGAGCCCGGGCGCUUCGACGAGCGCCGGCCGGUGCAGGUGCAGCGACUGGAAGGCUGCGAUGUGGAGCUCGCACAUGAUGUGAUUCGAACAGCGGCCGUGGCAACAACACCCGUUCAACCAGGAGAUUUCUUGGUUCUGGGCACGGAUGGGCUUUUCGACAACUUGUCGGAUUUGGACAUCAAGCAGGUCCUGGAAAGAUGUUGCAGAGCCUCGGGUUCCAACGACGAGUUGCACGAGGCAGCAGCAGCAUUGGUGGACCUUGCUAUCAAGAGUGUGCGGUUGGGCCCAGACAACAUGGACAGGCCCCCUUGGCAAAACAACACCAGCGCAGUCCCGGCGAACAAUGCGGAUGACACCACGGCAUUGGUGGCGAUGAUUCAGGCUGAGGAUCUCUCCUUGUCGGACGUCUUUGCGGAAAUUCCAGGUGAUCGCUGCAGAAGGGGCCACAGAGGCAGUUCGGACCGCAUGGCGUCGGAUGGAAGACGGGGCAGCCAGAAGCGCUCGUUUAGCACGGGCACCACCAGAGGACGCAGUGAGAAUUGCGUCAUCUCUUGAGCGUGAUGUGCACGAAUCGAGGGGUGUUGGCCAUUGGAAUGAUUCGCUGAGACCAAGGGAUAAACGGUGACAGCCACAAUGACCACAAUGGUGGACCAGCCUCAAAAGCGGCUGACGUGACUGAAGCGCUGCACGUCAAGUAAUUCAAAUGCAUGGAGGCGGCUGCCUUCUAAUUCACCCUGCCAUGUGGCGAUGUGUUUUCGUUUCUUGUGGCAAGACCGUCUCACAAUAAUUGUGCUGUUCCGGAUAGAGUGUGCCAUAUGGACCCGGGAAACAUGUUUCUUUAUCAAUUCAUGCAUGUUCGCCUAGUGCUAGCUCUUGGCUUUGCACGGUAUGCUCAGAGCUUUUGAAGGUUCAAUUUGCUUGGUGC